CGAAAAGCGGUGAGGUGACCGGUUGAAGAAAACCGGAGGCGGAUUAACUUCGCUCUGUAGUGGGUAGUUUUCAAGUCAAGAGUGCACUUACACCGAUCACCUUUAUUACGUUCCUUUCUCCCGCUUAUAACGAAGCUUAAUCAUCGGAAUGGCUCCAGGAUUCGGAAUACCGAGGAGUAGGAGCGACACCCGCGGGAACACGUGGCUCCAGAUAUCCAAGGAUUAAUUUUAUAGUUUUUUAUUUUUCAUUUAUUUUCUUCCCCACCACAUUGGUGCUGUCGCGGCCAAAUAUUCGCGAGUGCUAUAUAUUUGUCCUCUUUUCGAAACCACCUGUGAUAUUGCAGGUGCCCAUCGUUGCCUUCUUUUGUCUUCUACACCAAAAAGGAACAUUUUCACUGCCAAGGUAGAGAGCGGGCGAAUUUCCGAGACGGAAUUCGCACAUGGGAUUGAAAGCAAAGCAAAGCCUCACGCUGUCGGUUUCUUCAUUUCUAGCAACGCCAGGAGUAGGAAAGGCCGCCAACGUGCUCGUGGGCAAAGUCCUGGGCACGAACGGCACGAGUCCUAGCAACCAGACGGCCCUGGGGGGUGGAUCAGUGUGUCAUCCGGCGCAGACGACCGAGGCCGUCGUCCUCUUCACCAUUGCCGCCCUAGGCAUGGGAGCAAACAUAUUUCUUAUGCUGCUCAUUGUGCUCAAGAGACCACUAAGACGGUGGUCCCAGGGACUGCUGUUCCAUCAGGGACUGGUGGACUGCGGUCGCGCCAGCUUGCUACUUCUGCUCGGGGUCGGCGUGCUCUUCUGUCAACGCCUGCCCAAGUGCAACGUCAUCGAGACAGCCUUCUUGCUGCUGGUCACCGUGUCCACCGUCAAUAUGCUCACAUCCGUCAUCAACGACGCAUCCCUCAUGCCUGACCAAGAUUUCCAGCACCCCCCGCAGCAGCCAAGUCCCCACCACCACCACUGGCACCACCUGAACCCGGCCCACCCGGGCGAUGGCAACCCGCCGGGCUCGUCCGUGUCGCUGGACUCGCCGCAAUGCAUUGUGUUCGGCCUCUUCAUCAUCUGGUUCGCGAGCUUCACCAUUAACCUGGGGCCCACCCUGCUGAGCGGGGCCCUGACCAGCUCCCGGGACACGGCGGGACACGUCGACGCCUGCCCCAUGGUCUACGGCCCCGUCGGACACUACGUCCUCAACGUCCUCUGGGUCACCGUCAACGUCAUGUGCGCGGGACUCACCGGAGUGCACCUCAGAAAACUCUACAGAGACCUCACCAGGUCCAACCUGGAGGCGGUGCGGAUAGCCGGUCUGGUGACGACUAUGAUAUCCGUGAGGUCGGACCCCCACGACUCUUCGUGUAACGAGUCGCAACAGAUCCAGAGCUACAUACACCGCCUUGAGCAGGAAGGGCUCCGCCGGGUGAAGAGCUUCGCGAUCAUCCUCGCGGCGUACGCGCUGUUCUGGGGCCCGCUGUUCACGCUGACCCUGAUCCAGCCCGGCAGGCCCGGAUACGCGCUCACCUACGAGAUCACCCUGCACGUGGCCUUCGUGCACUCCUUCGUCAACCCCCACCCUGCUGCUCAUGCUGCACGGCGACCUGCGGAACGGGGGAGACCUCUGCUGCUGCUGCUGCGGGCCCCAGGAGCCCGAAGAGUGCGGGGCCCAGCAGCAGCCGCUCCACAGGAGGCCCUCGCUCGAGAUGGCACACUCGCGGCCCGGAAGGGGAUACAUGGAAACGACCAUCUGACAACAACUGCAGGCACGGAACGACGUCGCCGUGUACCCUGCUGCCACCGCCCACUACGACUCGCCGCCUUCUUCCCUGUCGGCGGCACCUCCGCCCCCGCCGCCGCCGCCCCGGUCAAGCGCCAGCUCGCCGGGGAAGCACCACCACCACUACCUGGCGCCGCCGCCGGCGCAGCAACACCGCCGCGGCGGCGGCUCGGACACGGAGGACGAGGCGAGCAGCUUCGACAGCUCUGUGCCGCCCAUCCCCUCCUACCAGAUACUGCAAUGGGGACAACAGGACGGCGGUCCACCCGACUACGGGAAGGACGGACACUGACGACUGUUCCGCGACCUUCGACGACUCACGGAAAUCUCAAGCAGACGAUUUGAAAACAAAGAAGUUACCCCCAGCCGCCUCGGAAAUCGAGAAUCUUCAAAGGCCCGCAUCUCACACAUCAAUGUAUACUUAGCAAUGUUUUUUCCUCCUAGAAACUGUGAUCACAGUCACCGGAUAGAGCACAGAAGAGAGACAGUGAGAGACAUUCAUUUCCUAUCAAUGUUUGAUACUUUGACCGAUUCCUGUCGACCGGAGGCUCGGUCGACCAUUCGAGGAAAGGUGACCGAGAGAAAGUUAUAACAAAUAUAUAUGUACAUAUGAAACUUAACAUUUAGCAAUCAGAUAGAUUCAAUUGUAAAGCACUUUCAACUUAAGAAUGACUUUUGUAGUGAUGUAGUAUCACUUUACUAUAUCUGUUAUUAUUCAGCCCUAUGUAAAGGCAUAUUAAAAAUUCAAAUAUUCAUGUAUAUAUAUUUUAAAUGACUCCAU